AUGACGUUCAAGACGCUCCUUCUGCUCGAGCUGUGGUUUUGGUUUUCAUAUGGCGGACAUUUAUUCGUGGAAGGUCUUCUUCUGGUGGUCAUCCUUUUCCUGCUUUCGCAGAAAAGUUACAAGCCUCCUAAACGGCCCUUAACAGAAAAGGAAAUAGAUGAGCUGUGUGACGAAUGGGUUCCAGAACCCCUUAUUCCUCAUGUUAGUAAAGAGAUGCAGUAUGAACCACCGGUGCUAGAGAGUGCUGCAGGGCCACAUGCCAUAAUUAAUGGUAAAGAAGUUGUGAAUUUUGCUUCAGCAAACUAUCUUGGGUUGAUAGGUCAUAAGAAGCUGCUUGACUCCUGCUCUUCUGCUCUUGAGAAAUAUGGUGUUGGUUCUUGUGGUCCUCGUGGGUUUUAUGGAACAAUUGACGUGCACCUUGACUGUGAAGCCAGAAUAGCAAAGUUUUUGGGAACCCCUGAUUCAAUUCUCUACUCUUAUGGACUUUCCACCAUGUUCAGUGCAAUUCCUGCUUUCUCUAAAAAAGGAGAAUAUUGUUGGUGUAAGCAUAAACUCUGACUAUUGGCUAUAUGGUUCUGUCCAGUUUUGCCUCCUCUUCAGACAAUUAUAGAGAGCAGUGAUAGCCAAACACUGCUGAUGUGAUAGCCGAGCCGUUUAUCUCAAAAUUUUUGUUGGGC